AGAACACGAUCGAAAUUGAUAUCAUCAUGCCUCUAUCACCCCCUAAAGACCUCUCCCAUCAUUUCUCCGUGACGGCCAAACGACGCGAACCCAGCAACAUCAAAGACCUGUACAAGUACUUCUUCAUUCCAGGCAUUGCCAACCUAGCCGGCGGUCUCCCAAACGCCUCCUACUUCCCCUACGACACCCUCGAAGCCAAAACCGCCCGUCCCCAGCGCCUCCCCACCACCACCACCUCCUCCUCCUCCACAACAACCACCCAACCCACCAACCGCAUCCUCAUCCCCAAAGAAAGAACCACCUCCGACCCCCAGCAUAGGAUUGACCUCGCAACCGCCCUCCAAUAUGGCACAGCAGAGGGUCUCCCACCAAUGGCCUCAUUCGUCCGCCGCUUCACCCGCGACCACCUCCACCCGCACGUCCCCUAUGCCGACGGGCCCGACACCAUCCUCACCUGCGGCUCCACCGACGGCUUCGCCAAGGCUAUCAACUUGUUUUCGGAGCCCUGGGUUCCUGGUCGGGACCCCGUCUCGCGCCGUCAGGGUGUCCUCUGCGAGGAGUUCGUCUACAUGAAUGCCAUCCAGGAGGUGAAGCCUCAUGGUCUUAAUGUUGUCCCUGUGGCGCUGGACGCGCAGGGAUUGAGACCCCAUGGGAAGGGUGGAUUGGCUGAUGUGUUGGCGAACUGGGAUGAGCGGAGGGGGAGGAGACCGCAUUUACUGUAUACCAUUACAAUCGGCCAAAACCCCACAGGAAGCACCCAGUCCAUUCCCCGCAGACAAGAGCUCUACGCCAUCUGCCAGAAAUACGACAUCAUCCUGAUCGAAGACGACCCCUACUGGAACCUGCAGUACGACACCAACUCCCACUCACCCCCCCACACAUCAUCCGGAUACCCCUUCCUAGACUCGCUCACCCCGUCAUAUCUCUCCCUCGACACAGAUGGCCGCGUCGUCCGCCUCGACACCUUCUCCAAGACGAUCGCCCCCGGCUGCCGCCUCGGAUGGAUCACAGCGCAGCCGGCCGUCGUCGAGCGUCUGACGCGCAUCACGGAGACAACGACGCAGCAGCCGUCGGGGUUCACGCAGGCGAUGGUCGCCGAGUUGAUAUUGGGGCAGCAGGCGGGUAGUACCAGCAGCAGCAGCGGCUGGCACAUGGACGGCUGGGUACGUUGGCUCGAGGGCCUCCGCGAAGGCUACCAGCGCCGAAUGCAAGACAUGUGCACGGCGUUAGAAGAAGGGCAACACAUACUGAGCGUCGACAUCAACGACAACGCCGUUACCGACACCGAGGAGGAUAACGAAUGGGAAUGCAUCGAGCGCACCCCCAUGUACGAAUUCUCGCGGCCCGCAGGCGGCAUGUUCGUGUGGCUCCGCGUGCGUCUGGAGAACCAUCCCUUGCAUGGCAAGUAUGCGGAGGCGAGGCUCACACGUGCGCUGUGGGUGAUGCUCACGCGCGAGCCGUAUCUGUGUCUGCUGGGUCCCGGGACGAUGUUUGCGCCGGAUGAGGCAGUGGUGGAGAAGGCGGCGUCGUUCUUUAGGUUGUGUUUUGCGGCUAUGCCGGCUGAGGAGGUGGAGGGUGUUACGAGGAGGGUGACGGAUGGGAUGAAAGCUUUUUGGCAGGUGAAGGAUUUAGAGGGGUUGGAAGAUGUCAAUUAAUGUUUUUCAUUGAUGUUUGUGAUUCGUGAGCAUUCUGU